AUGUCUACCACACUCGUUACCAGUCGAACACGACAAUCGACUACUACGCCCACUUCAACGCGAAGAAGUUUUGCUACAUCUAGCACCAUCUCAACACCAAGACCAGGACCAUCCACAUCCAUAUCCACCACAUCCACCACAUUCACUACACCUACACCGUCUUCAUCGCCAACAAGC